AAACAUGUGUAGUCUUUGAAGUACAUGUCAUAAAUCCUUUGAUAGUCUGUACUUACGAAAGUUUUUACGCAAAAGAUUCUCAUAAAUCGGUGUUUCGGCGUCAAUUGGCAUCUAGUACUUAUAUCAUACAUCUACCAAAAUUAUGAAAGACGGUGAACAACCCAGCAAACCAGCAGGCUUUUCUCUCCGAACUCAUCGCCCUGGUGACAUGGGAUGGAUUACACAUCGACACGGGGUUUUAUACGCCACCGAGUACGGUUGGGACGAGCGUUUCGAGGCCCUUGUAGCCCGCGUAACCGCGGAUUUCAUCGACCACUAUGAUGGGGAUCUAGAAAAAUGCUGGAUUGCCGAGAGUAACAACGGUGGCGAAUUCCUGGGUUGUGUCAUGCUAGUGAAUGACAGAGAACGGAGUCGUACAGCCAAGCUUCGCCUUCUCCUUGUCGAACCAAGUGCGCGUGGUUUGGGUGUUGGGAGGGGGUUGGUGCGACAGUGUGUUCGGUUUGCUCAAGAGGCAGGCUAUGAGCGAGUGGUGCUUUGGACGAAUAGCGUACUCACCUCGGCAAGGUAUAUUUAUCAGAGUGAAGGUUUUGAAAUGGUCCAGAUGGAGGAACAUGAAACUUUUGGGGUGAAACUAUUCGGCGAAACCUGGCAGCUUGUGAUACCUAUAAGGACUGAGGAGUGAUACGACAUUCGAGUCAUACGAGGCUGGAUGGUUGAUAUUGGAAGCGAAAAGCAUGCUAUCGAAUUAUGAGAUCAAUUGAUGUCUCGGCUUUCACCCAUCACAUCUUAGACUUAUAAAUUUAAUCGAU